UUGCAUUAAGGCGGGCAUAAGUUCGCGAAUCGCAUCUGUAAACCAGGGAGAUCUAGAUAAAUAAUUUUGAACGCAUUUAUAAGUUAUUGAAAAAUGGUGGAACGCAUUGAAGAUUUAAACUUGCCGAAUGCGGUUAUAUCACGCCUUAUAAAAGAUGCGCUACCGGACGGCGCGAAUGUGAGCAAGGAAGGCCGUGCGGCCAUAACACGCUCCGCUUCAGUGUUUGCGAUUUUUUUGACUUCAUCCGCAACGGCCUUGGCGCAUCAGCAGAACCACAAGACGAUCACUGCUCGUGAUAUACUGGAAACCCUCACCCAGUUAGACUUUGAAAGUUUCGUCCCUUCGCUGCAGCAAGAUUUGGAAGUCUAUCGUCAAAUGGUUAAAAACAAAAAGGAGAGCAAGGCAAGCAAAAAGGAGGCUAAUGCUGAUAUAAGCAGCGGCCCUGCAGUUGCUGAGGUUCCCAGUGAAUAAUGAAAGAAACGGCAGCAAAUAAUAAAACCCCCAUAACGUAUUAAAUUCAAAGUUUACUUGAAUAAGCAUGAUUGUUUUUGUAACACCUAGCAUUAAGAUAAUUUUUCACAUUUGAGUUCUAGAGAUGAGCGAUACCUUAAAUACACUUACUGCGACGACGAUGAUUUUGUUAUUCUACUUAUAUGGACGUCGGUAUGAAUAAAGUCUGUGUGGUCAAAAAAUAAGGACAGCAA